AUGACCUCCACACGCUCUGCCCCGCCACCGACGCACCAAGAGGUUACGCGCAAGCUUUCUGUUCAUAGCGCCGUCAAGCCCCCCACCAGAAAACCCUCGCUACCGCCGCCCGGCACGGAAUACGACUCUGAUUCCGCACUCUCCCCUGAUGUCAUCGCACCCUCUCCCGCGGCCACCGCCAGUAUGAGCGGAGGUCUGCUCGGUCCCGCAAUGCUGCAACCCCCUCUCACAUCCAUCGCCGAACGGAGGUCACACAGCGGCGGCGAAGAAUCCGAGGAAGACGACGAUGACGAGGACGGUGGUUGGCGCACGUCGGAUAUGUUGGGAAUACAACGGGGAUCCCACGAUGAGACCGUGAUCAAGGCGGGAUAUUUGUGGAAGAAGGGUGAACGGAGAAAGACGUGGAAGAAGCGGUGGUUCGUGCUGCGUCCUGCGCAUCUCGCGUUCUACAAGACGAAUGCCGAAUACAAACUCCUGCGCCUACUUGACCUCUCCGAAGUCCACUCGUGCACACCUAUUGUGCUGAAGAAGCACACCAAUGUUUUCGGUCUUGUAUCACCCACUCGAACUUUCUACCUCCAGGCCGAAACGACACCCGAAGUAUGGGACUGGGUCGCUGCUAUCAACGACACCCGGGUUGCCCUCAUCUCGACUUCGACACGAAACUCAUUGACGCAGCCUAUCCCAAUACCAACUACGCCCACAAACACUACCCAUUUCCACCAACCUUCUAAUCUCUCGUCUUCUCCAUCACGCUCGCCGCAAACAAAUCAUCAAUUGACUUCCUCGGACUCGGAGGACGCCUCUCCUAAUCCCAACACUCCACGCUCUUUCCCCAUGUCGCCCGGGCUUUCCAUGGGGGAAUCUCCUUCUCCGUCGAAGCCGGUACUAUCAGGCUACCUCUUGAAGUGCGGCUCCAGGCGACACAAUUGGCACAAGCGAUGGUUCGUUCUUAGUGGCGAGAAGCUUGUCUAUUCUCGGACCCAUAUGGACUCGAAGCCGCAUCGUCAGAUCGCAUUGUCGCUCGUCAUCGACGCGUUGGAAUACCGACUUCCCCCAAAUCGUAGCCAUCCCAGCGGCGUCGCAUCCACAGCGCAAUCACCGCCGUUAUCGGCCACGGUCCCCGACGGGGCCGAAGCUGCGGGCGCGCACACGUUCAAGGUGGUGACGACGAAGCGGACGUUGCUGCUGUGCGCGCCGAGCGAAGAAGAGGAGAUCAAGUGGCUAAGCGCGAUCCGUGCACUCAUCGCUCGUCGAUCCGGCCAAGGCGCUGUCCCUGGCGAGCCGGACGUGAGCCCGUCGCCGCCGCAUGGGUCGUCGAUGUCAACCUCCCCCGCCGGUCAAAACACCCUCGGCACCGCCGCGGGCUCCAUCCAACGCCGCCGCGACUCGAUCGUCCGCCGGCUGAGCCUGAGCAAUGGCAGCAGUCCACCACCACCGGCAGGCAGCGGCUCUGGAGGCCUCGGGGCCACGAGCGCGGGGGCGGGCGGCCCUGCGGAAGGCCAAUCUGAACGGCAAUCUCACUGA